GAAUCGGUCUACAGAGCUGGGAAACCUAUUGGGUCUGGUGGAUUUGGUAUUGUGUAUGGUGGCACGAGAAUAUCAGACAGCAAACAGGUUGCAGUGAAGCACAUUGACAAGAGAGGCAUAACCAACUGGAGAUUUGAUGAAUAUUCAAGACCAAUCCCAUUGGAAGUGUACCUGCUCUCAAAGGCUCACUCCAUUCAUGGAGUCAACAAGCUCAUUGAGUACUUUGAAAGGCCUGACAGUUUCAUUCUGAUCCUGGAAAAGCCAGCUCGCUGCAUGGACCUCUUCGACUACAUCUCUGAAAAGAAGUCUCUAGAAGAAGAGGAGGCGAGAAAAAUUUUUGGUGACCUCAUCAAAAUCAUGUUGGCUUUGAAGCGAAUUCAUGUCUUUCAUAAUGACAUCAAAGAUGAGAACAUAUUGGUCGACCUGGACAUGCAACUCAUCAGCAUCAUCGAUUUUGGAUCAGGCUUAACUUUACAAUUUGUGAUACAAACUGCAGGCACACGCGUGUACAGCCCUCCUGAAUGGAUUGAGGAGCACAGGUACAAGGCGGAGGAUGCAGCUGUCUGGUCACUGGGGGUCCUCCUCUACGACAUGGUCUGCGGGGACAUCCCAUUUCAGAGGGAUGAACAGACGCUCAGUGGCGUCAUCGAAUACAACAAGCACUUGUCUUCUGAAUGUAGAGAUCUGAUAGAGCAAUGUCUGGCGCACAAUGCCAACGAGAGACCGAAACUUAGAGACAUCCAGCAACACCCAUGGCUUCAUCAACAUCAAUUCCAUCAGCUGAACUUAUCCACAUAA